AGAAGAACAUUUUCCUCUUCGAUUCCACUCAGAAUCCAGUUCUUCUUCGAUCACACACACACACUGUCAUGCAAAUUUUCCUUUCACCCAUACAUCGAAAGUUGCUAUAUUGAAAAAAUCACACAUCACCCGCCAGAGGGAGCGGCACAGGGUAACGGCAGCAGAAGCAGCAGCAGCACCCAACACUCAUCCAAUUCCAACCAAGAGCAAGCAGGCCAACAAGCACUCAAACCCUCUGCAUCUCUAUAGCUCAUGCUCAUGGUAUCAAAUCGUAUCGUUCCCGAGAUACAACACAAAUUUUGGGGUUGUUCUGUGUGUGGAGACUCAGAGUACCUUAGUAUGUGUGUGUGGCCUCGUAUAUAGACACAAUCAGCAAAAACCCAACAGGAAAACCAAAGAAAACAAAAAAUAAUCCAAAGAAGAAAAAUAAAACACAACCCAAUGCUUUCCUCCGAACCGAACCGAACGAACACUCAAACUCAAAUUCAACAAAAAUAUCAAAGCAAACCAACAAUGUGUAUGUUAGUAUCUGUAUCUUUUCUGUAUAUGUAUUAGAUACAAAAUAUAGCAGCGUGAAGCGAAAUCGCGUAACCAUAUCAUCAUAGCUUUUGUAUUGUGCCAUAAACGAACUACUUCUCAUAACGCAAACAGCUUCGGACUUAUACGAUCGAAAAAUUACCUAUUACAAAAAUUUUUAUACUCUUUUCUCUAAAUAAUAAUAAAAAAAAAGAAAAACAAAAAUUGUUUUUAUUAUAUUUAUAGUACCGCCAAAACGGUUGUUUCUUUGCUGUUUGAACAUCAUCACUACCUAUCUACUAUAUUCUUGUACAACAUACUCUCUCUCUUUUAUUUUAAUACUUAUUUUAUAUUGUUCGUUUUAUUCGGCGCAUUAGUAGAGAUACUUUUACACUAUUUGUGUUGUUGGAUUCAUCUAUUAUUGUGUCAUUAUCGUCAUAUUUUGUCGUCGUUGUAUCUCGUAUAGUCUCGUCUUGGUUAUUUGUAUACACGGAUCUUCGUCAUCGUCAUCAUCAUCCUCAGAAUCGGCUCUGAGGUUAUCUCAUCAUCGCCAUCGCCUUCGUUUUCGUCUUCUUCCUUGUCAACAUCAACAUCUCUUGCACAGUUCUCCACACACCCAAAACAGCCCAGCCAGCCGUGUCUGUGGAAAAAGUAUCUUUUUUUAAACAAACGCAUCCCGCAUCGCAUCGCAUCAAUCGCACGCUCGCACGCUUGAACGUUCGCACAAUUCACAACGCAACGCAGCAGCUCUCCAAAAAAUUUUAAAAAAUCGCCAAAAAACAAUUCACUCUCGAAUGAACAUAAUAAUUAUGGUAUAAAUUUCAAUGUACGUUGUUUACAUGGCGGGUUAAUUGCUAAAUCAUUUUUAUGUUUCAAUAAAAGUUUCAUAACAAAAAACAAAAUAAAAAGAAAAUCAUUGAAAGAACGAAUACGCGACACACUCACCAACGCCGAUUGUUUUCGGAAAAACUGUCAGAUAUAAUUUUUGUAUUUUUUAUCAUUCUGUGUGUGCGGUUGUGAUGGUCUCUCGCUCUUGUGGAAUGAAAAUUUAGUACACGGAUAAUUGUUUUUUCUGUUUGUUUCGUUUAUUGUCUAAUUGGCCAUCAAAAUGACCAUAAAAAUUAAAAAAUCAUAAAAAAUUUGGGCAAAAGAUACAAGUUUGGGAAAUGAUCUAAUAGAAAGAUAUAUCGUUACGCACCUUUGAGAGAUACUUCCCGGUUGUGUUUUAAUUUUGUUUGUUGGUUGUCAGAAAUGUGUUAUGUCCUAACCUCCUGAGAUACAAAUCAAAUAAAUCUGUGAAUCUUAAGCAAUAAAAAGUAAAAAAAAAAAGAUACAAUACCUAUAUACCUAUUUGGAGAGCGAGUAUCUCUGUGAUGAUUGAAAAUAAGAAAAAGUGAACACAGUGUCCUCUGCCGCUGAUGCUAUUACCGCCGCCGCUGCCGCAAUAGAUAAAGUAUCUAUAACCAUAAAAUUCGUGUACCUAUAUUUCCCUCAUCAGAAUUUUAUUACCGCACUUAAAACAAACGUGAACAGAGAAAAAGUGUUUAAUUUGUUGUUAUUAUUUUAGUAAUUUCGGACGUUUUCCUUUACACAAUAUACACGUGCUAUAUGGACACUGUUAUUUUCUUCAAUAAUAAUUAUAAAUCUCUAUCGGUUCGUAAGAAAUUGAAAAAUAAAUUGAAAAACAGCGUCAUUCUACAAAACACAUCAAUACUUCAAACGGAAUUCCCCACAAAUAUCUAAACUGAAUGAAAACUAUAAAAUUUUGAAAUUGAAUUUGCAAAAACAAAAAUAUAAGAAAAACUAGAAAACUUAAAACAAAGAUACUAAUAGAUAUCCCACAAUAGUUGUUGUUUAACACAAUCCCUCUUAAUUAAUUAUUCCUUCUCUAUAUAAACAUCAAGAACACAUUUUUGUUCAAAAUUAAAUAUACCUACUUACCUACCUAAAAAGAAUAAAAAAUAAAAAAGAUUAAAAUUUCCUUCGUAAACGAGAGCCUAACGUAAAUAUGUGCAAUGUCAAAAUUUGUUUUUGAUAGUAUGCUACCAAAGUAUCCACAGUUUCAACCAUUUAUAAGUUCACAUUUAACAAGUCAACAAAAUUCAUCAUCAGCAGCCGCCGCCGCAGCAGCCGUCGCUUCAGCAACAGCAGUAGCCGUCGCCGCCGCAGCUCAACAAAAUCAUCAUCAGCAUCAGCAACAAUUGCAUCAUCAUCAUCAGCAACAGCAGCAACAAUUGCAACAGCAACAACAAUCGGCCGUCGUCGCUGCAGCCCAUCAACAACAACAGCAACAGCUCCAACAGCAACAGCAGCAACAAUUAAGCUCUAAUUCACCUGUUUCAUCGUCCUCGCCAGCCACAUUUGGACAUUCACCAGGUUCGAGUAGUAAUAAUACUUCGAGCAGUUAUUCGUUAAACGCCGCCGCCGCAGCAGCAGCAGCAGCCGCAGCAGCUGCAUUUCAAAAUCAUAAGGUCAUAACAAGUGCCGCAGCAGCAGCAAGUUCUAACGGUCUAUCGCCUACGCCACAUCAUCAUUUGAGUUCGACUGCCGAAGGGAGUCCUUUAAGGAGCAGCGCAGAUUCAAAUAACAGUCCAAAUUCGUUUGCUAUACCCACAACUAAGAUGUAUCCAUACGUAUCCAACCAUCCCACAUCGCACGGUGGCCUGACGGGAAUGCCAGGUUUUUCCGGACUUGAAGACAAAUCUUGCAGGUACACAGAUAGUAUGAUGAAUAGCUAUCAAUCAAUGAGCGUACCUGCGAGUGCAUCAAGUUUUGCACAAUUUUAUCAUCAGGCAGCCGCAUCGGCAGUAUCAGCAGCAUCUGCUGGUGCAAUUGGUGUCGAUUCAUUGGGCAAUGCAUGCACACAACCAUCAUCGGGUGUGGUGCCGUCAGCCGGCGCAGGACAAAGUAUUGCCGAUCUACCGAGGUAUCCGUGGAUGACAUUGACGGAUUGGAUGGGUAGCCCUUUCGAACGUGUCGUCUGUGGAGAUUUUAAUGGUUCGUCAAUUAGAUUAUCAGAGAUUCAGGCAUUGCAAGAAAAAUACGAAAAGGAGGACAUUGAGCGACAUGCUUUUAUGGGCUACAAUCAUGACCACAUAUUUUAUUCAUCAGGUCCAAAUGGCUGUCCGAGACGUCGAGGUCGACAAACCUACACACGAUUCCAAACCCUGGAAUUGGAAAAGGAAUUCCAUUUUAAUCAUUACUUAACGCGAAGGCGACGGAUCGAAAUUGCGCAUGCACUCUGCCUAACUGAGCGUCAGAUAAAAAUUUGGUUCCAAAACCGGCGAAUGAAAUUAAAGAAGGAACUUCGAGCCGUAAAAGAGAUCAACGAGCAAGCUCGACGUGAUCGUGAAGAACAAGAGAAAAUGAAAGCUCAAAAUGAAAUGAAAUCCGCCCAACACAAUGCCAAUAAACAACAAGAUCAUCAACAACAUUCAAUUGUGUCACAUAAUUCUUCUGGCCAUCUACAUCAUCCUGUAGGCUUAAAUGAUUCCAAAUUAGGUCUUGGAAUGGGUGUUGGAGUUGGGGGUGUUGGUAGUAAUUUAGGAAUGAUGAGUGCGCUCGAUAAAAGUAAUCAUGAUCUGUUAAAAGCAGUUAGUAAAGUAAACACAUAAAUAAGUUAUAAUAAAUAUAAUAUAUAUAAAAAGUAUAACCCUUCCUAUAAUCCCUUAAAUAAAAUAAUUUAAAAAAAAUGAAAACAAAAAAAACUUAAAAUAUUAUUAAAUAUAAAUCCACCUACAUUUUAAAUUUAAAUUAAUGAAAAAAAAAUUAAAAGUUAUUGAAAAUGCAAAAUAUUAAUAUAAAAUUUGCAAACUGAAAAGAAAAACAUAAAAGAAUAAAGUUUACAAGAAACGACUGCAAUAGAUCUACGUAAGAACAGACUAUAAAACAAUGAUUAUAUACAUAAAUUAAAUUGCAGUAUAUUAUGUAAUGUAAAGAAUUAAAAACAAAAACAAAAAACUUAAAUUAAUAUAUGUUAGGUAAAAUCAAAAAAUAAAAACAAAAAAUGGUAAAAUUAGUUUUUGAUAUAAUAUAUAAACAAAAUCUUAGUUGUAUUUAAUAUUGUUUUGUUCACUUACGUAGAAACCUUAAAUAAAUUAAAUUAAAAAAAAAAAAACAAAAACACAAAAUUACACAAUUAUUCUGUUUCUUUAAGAAAAUUUACUUAAUUAUAUAAUAUUAUUAUUUUUUAACUUCGAAAGAAGAAAAUUGGCGAUAUUAAAAUUAAUAUUUUUUUUCUAUAUUAUAUAUUAAUUAAAAUAAUAUAAUUAAUAAAAAUAAAUAAUAAUUGUAAAUAUUUUUAAAUAAUAAUUGAUUGCCAUAAUAUGAUUGUGUUAUUAAUUUUAUGUUUAAUGACUUUUUACCCAGACUAAGUCAGUUCGUGAAAUAUACAUAAAAAUAGGAAUAUAAAAGAACACAUAGUAUCUCUUAUGUAUAAAUGUAUUAUUUAACAAACUAAAAGCAACAAACAAAAAUAUUUAAAAAUAAAAACGAAAAAUUAAAUAUUUUAAUCUGGUGUGUUGCAUACCUUCUUAUACCUUAACUAAAACAACGUACAGUGAGUUAAAUUGCCAGUGAAUGUUACAAAAUUAGUUAAACUGAUGAAACAACAGACAUAAAAAUAUACAAUUGCUUUGACAUUGUAAGAAAAAAUAUAAAAAAAAACAACCAAUAUUGCAAUACAAAAUACAUAAUGUAAAAAAUGUCUUAAACAUAAAAAUAAAAUAAAAAACAAAAAAAACGUAACCACAAAAUAAAGGCUUUCUAAGAGCCAAAUCAACCCAUAUACGUAUUAGAUAAUAAGGCCAAAAUAUUAUUGUAGAUAUAAAUAAAAAUAUAUAUUAUAUAUUUUACUGAGUGAAUAUAUAAAGAAAAAAAAGGACUACAACAAAAACCUAAACAAAAUACGUAGAAUAUGAAACAAUACACAUUUAAUAUACACCAUGUUACUAUUAUCUCCAACUUAAAAGUAAAUUUAAAAAAAAGCAACAUUCUUAAAAUAAUUGAAAAAUAAAAAUAAAAUCGAUAAAUAUAUUUAUAAAACACACACACACAAACAAAAAGAACAAACAAAAUUUCUACACAAUAUUAAUUUUCUUUUUUUUUAUUUACAAAUCAAAAAAAAAUAAUUUAAUUUUUUUUCUUUGGGUGCAUUGUUUUAUUUGUAAAAUAAUGUGCUACACAAAAAAGGUGAUAUUUUUUUUAAAUAUGUAUUAUUCAAUUUCUGUUUAUGAUUUAUUAUGUUUUUAACAUAAAUUUUGUUAUAUGAAAAUAGUUUUCAACAAUUUGGUUAUGUACCUAUUCUAGAAACUGUAUUGAAAAUAAAAAGAGAUAGAAGUUUUUUUGAAAUUAUUUUAUCGUUCUGAGUUUUAAUUAGUUUUUUUUUUCUUACCUUAAAAAAAAUUAAAAUUAUAUUAUUUGCCAUCCUCAU